AUGGACUACUACUCCUCCAGCUUCGCCAUCCACUUCCUGCAGCUCCUCUACGCCAACCUCGCCGGCCAGGACGACCCCCAGCGCGCCGCCGAGUUCAGGAGCCGCGCGGCGCUGGCGGCGCUCGACCUGGCGCACUACUACGACCGCGAGGGCCGCGCCAUCCCCUUCGGCCGCAGCGUCGGCUACCGCUUCGCCAUGUGCUCCUUCUGGGGCGCCCUGGCGUACGGCGGCGUCGCCGACCUGCCAGCGCCCCUGACGUGGGGCAUGGUCAAGGGCAUCGUGAUGCGGCACCUGCGGUGGUGGCAGACGCAGGGGGACAUGUGGAGCGCCGCGGGGACGCUGACGGUCGGGUACUCGUACCCGAACAUGUAUCCCGGUAAGUCUCCGGUCUCUCCCUCCCCUCCCCCCGUGCGAAAACCAUUCACUACUGACAAAGCGGGCCAACGACAAAAGUACUGGGCGUGCCUGGCCUUCAUCUGCCUCGCCGUGCCCGAGUCCCACCCCUUCUGGACCUCGCCAGAGGAGUCCCAGUGGGACGUCCUGCCUCCGACCAAGCCCCUGCGGCACCCGGGCCACAUCACCAGCUACCUCGGCGGGCACUGCAUGCUGCUCAACUCGGGCCAGGCCUGCGGCUACCCGAUGAAGGGCACGCACGCCAAGUACGGCGCCUUUGCCUACUCGUCGGCCUACGCCUACUCGGCGCCGCCGGGGCUCUUCACGCUGGAGCAGUACGCCCUGGCCUCGCAGCUGGGGCUGUCGGACGACGGCGGCGAGUACUGGAAGACGCGGCGGCUGUGCGAGUACGCCGGGAUCGAGGACCGCCCCGACGACGGCGACGGCGACGGCACCGACCGAGGGAGCACGGUGCCGGUGCUCGUCUCCGUCUGGAGGCCCUUCCCGGACGUCCGGGUCAAGACGUACCUCGUGCCGCCGCGCGAGGCGACGCCCAACUGGCACCUGCGCGCGCACCGCGUCGAGGCCGCCGGGCGCGAGGUCAUGACCGCCGACGGCGCCUUUGCCAUCCGCAACGUCGACUCCCGCACGGGGCGGUACCUCGGGGCGUACGACCCCGCGAGGCGGGAGGGGACCCGGCCCCUCAUCAUCGGCAACUACGACACCGACACGCCCGAGGGGUGGGCCCCCGGCCGGGCCGGCGCGUUCGCGGCGUCGCUCGCCGCGGGGGCGGUGGGGAUCCGCGCUCUGGAAGGCGAUGUGUUGGGAGGAGAAGCAGGGGCCGGGGCAGGGCCCGGGAGCAGCAGCAGCAGGAGGCAGGCGAUGCUGGUCAACGCGGACCCCAACUCGAACCUCGUCGAGAGCCGGACGGCGAUCCCGACGCUGCGGCACACCGUGCCCCGGGGCGGGCACGCGUGGUACGUGUCGGCCAUCUACGCCAGGCCGGCGGGGGCGGGGGUGCCCGGGGAGACGUACCUGGACGGGUGGGACGCGGUGCCUGAGAUCCCCGGCUGGCUGCGGGAGGAGAUGAAGAGUGGUGCCGCCGGUGGGGGUGCGUAG